AUGAUUAGAAGAAUUCGGAUAAAUUACUUAUGAUAUUCAACUUUUGUUUAAGGCAUAUUGUAAUAACUUCAGGUUAGAUACAACAUGGCUGACACAUCACGGCACUCUGUGUCGUUCGUGUUGCUAUUAUCGUUCCUUGUCAUCUCAAACGCUCAAGUGCUGCCACCAGGAGACGCGGUUCUCUCUGGGGGUACAGUGACCAUAACUGGCAGCCAAUCUGGAGGUGUAAUCACUGGAGGUGUAACCACUGGAGGUGUAACCACUGGAGGUGUAACCACUGGAGGUGUGGUGUCAGGUCAAUCAGGAUUCCAAGUGUCUGGAACCUCAAACAGUAUUCAGAUACCGCCGUUGCGUGUGGAUGAGAUAGCAAAUGUCGGCGAUUUCGUCAACAGACAAGAUUACCAGGGUGCGCCUGUUUAUUGGGGUAACUACGGACUGUGGACGAAUUGCCGCGGAACAUGUGGACUUGGGUAUCGCUUACGUCAGAGAGUUUGCUUCGCAACUGUAACCUCCGUGGAAGGCCGAAUAGUUGUCUCACAAAGCAACCAACAGUUCGUGCAAUCUGGUGUUGUUGGUAACACUGGGAUUUUGGCAGGAGCUACUGGUGAAGUAAUCAGUACUGGGGGUGGUAUUCCUAUCGGCCAGUCCCCAGCUAAUGACGCCAGUGUUUUAUACCAAACCGGUGGUGUGAUUCAGGGCGGUGGCCAGUAUCAGGCCGGUGGCGCAAUUCAGACUGGUGGUGUGAUUCAGAGCAGUGGUCAAGUUGUGACGAGCUCACAGCAAUACACCGGUGAUAUAUUUGGUCAAGUACCACAAAUUUCCCCUCAAUACAACACAGGAUGUGUAGGAACGUUGGUUCAAGCUGAGGGCUGUGCUCUCCAGCCUUGUGUUGUUAUCGGCCGAUGGACACGAUGGACGGUGUGGACCAUCUGUUCAGCUCAAUGCGGUGGAGGAGUUCAGUCCAGGUCCAGAUCGUGCGAAGGUGGAACUACAUGUCCGCCUGGGUCGCCAUCGGAGACGAGAUCUUGUAACAUUCAACCGUGUGUAGGUAUAUGGGGCGUAUGGCAAGUAUGGGGAGGUUGUUCGUUGAAUUGCGGCGGAGGGACUCAGACAAGAUUUCGAACUUGCUCCACAGAUAACUGUGUAGGAUUAUCGGCGGAAACCAGAAGUUGCAAUAUUCAACCCUGCCAAGGCCGAUGGGGAGUAUGGGGAGUAUAUGAUGCUUGUACUGCUCAGUGUGGGGGAGGAACCAGAACUCGUGUAAGAAUAUGUAUUGGAGAACAAAACUGUGUCGGACCACCAUCGGAAACAAUUGUAUGCAAUCCGCAACCUUGCUACGGUACUUACGGAGCCUGGGGAGAGUGGUCAAUAUGUACUAAAGACUGUGGUGGCGGUACAAGGACAAGCAUAAGAAUAUGCGUUGGCGCUGCUACUUGUAUUGGACCAAGCUCAAAGACAGAAACGUGCAAUCCUCAAGAUUGUAUCACCUAUCGAUGGGGAGCUUGGAGAGAAUGGGGCGGUUGUAGCGCGUCGUGUGGAGAAGGAACUUAUACCAGAUCAAGACCUUGUAUGUAUGGCUCCACCGUUUCUGAAGAUUCACAGUGUGAAAGUCUUUAUGGAGGAAAUAGCUUCCAAACAAAUACUUGCUUCGCAAAGCCAUGCCUCUCUUUCAAUAUAUGGACGAGUUGGUCCGGUUGCUUCCCUGCGUGUGGCCCCGGAACAGAGACAAGAACCAGACAGUGUCUGAGCAAUGGCUCACCUACUUCGGUACCCGGUGCUUGUAAUUCAAUAGGAGAAAUAUCACAAUCAAGAGAUUGCACUAGAGGCCCAUGCUGGGCAUAUGGACCGUGGGAAAGCUGGGGUUCGUGCAGUCAAGACUGUGGUCAAGGUAUCAUUCAAAGAUUUCGUGGAUGCUUGUCAAAUGGAAAUCCAUACGCAAUUCAGAGUGGCCUCACCUGCGGAACAUUAACAGUGUUUUCUGAGUCGAAACCCUGUCUAAUCCAAUCAUGCUUUUCCUGGAGACAAUGGUCGGAUUGGACACCCUGCCGUCCAAAAUGUGGACCUGGUGAGAGUACUCGAGCGAGAGUCUGUGUUGCCGACGGUGUUCGAACGACUGCACCAAACCAAUGCAGGAAUAUUGAAAACGGAAAAGCACUUGAAAGAAAAUCUUGUUCAGACGGACCCUGCUAUGGAUGGGCACGAUGGCAGAGAUGGACAGAAUGUAGCACACCAUGCGGCCGCGGUCAAUCUAAUCGUGUGCGUGAUUGUCUGGAAAACGGACAAAUAUCAGCAAGCAACGACGGUUGUAUGCGUCAAGGCGGACAAUCUGUACAGACAAAGGACUGCUUCGGACCUCCAUGCUACCGUUGGGGUAUCUGGACCGAUUGGACAAUCUGCUCUCGCACGUGUGGUCUGGGCGAAACAGAAAGAAAUCGAGAAUGUACUUCUUUAUUACCUGGACCUGUACCACCGGGUUCCUGCGACAGUUUAGAUGAUUUCGGUGCCAUACAAGUGCAAAAAUGUACUCAAGGGCCCUGUUACGUAUGGGAGCGCUGGACUGAUUGGACUCCAUGUUCUCGGGAUUGCGGACCCGGGCAAAUCACUAGAAAUCGAAGAUGCUUGGCUGACGGUCAACCAGUAAAUGAUCGUAAUCUGUGUCGAGAUAUUGAUGGCGGACAAUCAUUUCAAUCUCAACCUUGCCAAAUAGAAAAAUGCUAUCGUUGGUCAAUUUGGACAAGAUGGGCGGAAUGUUCGAAAGAUUGUGGUGGCGGUGAAACAACUAGAAGCAGACGUUGCGUUGCCGACGAUAACACGGAUGGUCCCUUUGACAAGUGUGAAGGUGGUUUUUACGAUGGUCAAGCUCCAAACUUUCAAACACGGAUUUGUAACCCGGAACCCUGCUUCCGAUGGUCAAUAUGGACCGAAUGGUCUGUUUGCCCAGUUUCCUGUGGAAUUGGUACUGUCAGUCGGUCAAGAGGAUGUGUUGCUGAUGGUGUCGACGCACCAAGCUACGCAAGUUGUGCCCCUGACAUACACGGCUCCGACUCCGUUCAAACUCAACAAUGCGAACGAGAGCAAUGCUAUGGGUGGGACAGAUGGAGCGAAUGGGGAGAUUGUUCUGCCGCAUGUGGAUCUGGUCGAGUUUCAAGAUCUAGACGUUGUAUUGGGCUGUCGGAUGGGUUGGCAGUUUCAUCGAUUAAAUGUGACGGAUCUGGGUUCGAAACCAAACCUUGUUUCUUAAGAAAAUGCUAUCAAUGGAUGGAGUGGACAGAUUGGUCGAUUUGUUCGUCAUUAUGUGGUCUGGGAUCGUCAACAAGAAACAGAAGAUGUGUGACAGUAGAAGGAAAUGAAGAUGCUCCAUCAUAUGAUCUUUGCGGAAGCGAGCUUUCCUUCGAAAGUCGACCUUGCCAGAUUGACAAAUGCUAUCGCUGGCUACGUUGGACCGACUGGACAAACUGUCCUGUAUCUUGCGGCACUGGUCAGGUCACUAGAAACCGUAGAUGCGUCGACGACGAAGGAGUAGAAGCUCAACCAACAAAGUGCAAAGCUGAUGAAUAUGAUUUGAAAACUUUCGAAGUUCGAUCAUGCAACCCAGGACCUUGCUUUAGAUGGGCAAGAUGGACAGAAUGGACUACUUGUUCGGCAAAAUGUGGUCUAGGUGUUGAAACAAGAAGCAGAAGAUGUGUCACUGUCGGAGGAGAUCAAGAUGCUCCAUCUUCAACAGUUUGCGGAGAUGGAAAUGCUUUUGAUAGUAGACCAUGUCAAAUUGACAAAUGCUAUCGUUGGUCAAGAUGGACUGAUUGGACACCCUGUCCUGUAUCUUGCGGCAUCGGCCAGAUUUCCAGAAACCGAAGAUGCAUUGACGACGACGGACAAGACGGUCAACCAGAAAAGUGCAAAGUUGAUCAAUAUGAUGAUAUUAGAACCUUUGAUGUACAAACAUGCGACCAAGGACCUUGCUUUAGAUGGGAAAGAUGGACAGAAUGGACUACUUGUUCGGCAAAAUGUGGUCUAGGUGUUGAAACAAGAAGCAGAAGAUGUGUCACUGUCGGAGGAGAUCAAGAUGCUCCAUCUUCAACAGUUUGCGGAGAUGGAAAUGCUUUUGAUAGUAGACCAUGUCAAAUUGACAAAUGCUAUCGUUGGUCAAGAUGGACUGAUUGGACAACCUGUCCUGUAUCUUGCGGCACGGGCCAGAUUUCUAGAAACCGUAGAUGCAUUGACGACGAAGGACAAGAGGGUUCACCAGAAAAGUGCAAAGCUGAUCAAUAUGAUACUAAUACGUUUGACGUGCAAACAUGCGAUCGAGGACCUUGUUACACUUUAUCCCUCUGGUCGGAUUGGAGUAAGUGCACUAGAUCAUGUGGAGAGGGUAUCAGAACUCGAUCCAAAUCUUGUCAGACUAUUGGAGGAAGAAGAGUUUCAGACAGCUUCUGCACUGAUUUACUGGGCGAAAGAUUUGAAACACAAGAUUGUAAUCUUGGGGAUUGUCAUCGAUUUACCGAUUGGGGAAGCUGGACGGCUUGUUCUGUACCGUGCGGAUCAGGCGAACAACAAAAGCGUCGAAGAUGUGAAACCGUGUCUGGAAUUCAAGCAUCAGAUUCUCAAUGCAGUACAGAUCGAAGAGAUUUUUUCAUUACAAUCAAAUGCUUCAAAGACGAUUGUCCUGGGUCAUGGAGACAGUGGGGAGAAUGGUCGAGAUGUAGCGCUACAUGCAAUUCAGGAUCGCAGGCCAGAGUUCGAUUUUGUUCAGCCAAGAAAUGUUUUGGAAGAUCACGAGAAACAAGAGUGUGUAAUGACGUUGAAUGCAUACCAAUUGAGGACUCCGGAUCUUGGUCAUCCUGGUCAUCUUGGUCGUCUUGUGGCGGCCGAUGUGGAGUGUCAGAACAAACGAGAAUCUGCGUAGGCGGAACGACAUGUGGUGGAGAAGAGCAUCGGAGGACAAGAGAAUGUUGCCCAACAGAUGACGGACAGACCUACGUCACUGGCGGUAGCAGCGGCGGUGUAAUUACAACAGGCGGAAGUGGCAGCAGUGGUGGUGUAGUUAUAACAGGUGGAAGCGGCAGUAGUGGUGGUGCAUUUAUAACAGGUGGAAGCGGCAGUAGUGGCGGUGCAGUUAUAACAGGGGGAGGCAGUGUCAGCGGUGGAGGUGUUGUCAUCACAGGUGGCAGCAGUGGAGGUUUUAGUACCACGACUACUACGAUAUCAUGUACCGGAAUAGGUGAUCGACGAGAUUGUGGAUUUGAAGGAAUAACGCAAAGCGAAUGUAUGGCACUUUCCUGCUGCUGGGAUAACUCAAUCCCCAAUGUACCUUGGUGCUUUGUUCCAGAUGAAGCUAUCAUCACCGAAGGAGGAACUGGUGGUGGUGGAGGAGGUGGGUUCCUUACUAGCGGAGGAGGUUUCGUUUCUACUGGUGGCGGAUCAUCUACCGUUACAUCUUCAUCUAGUGGAUCGCUUUCUGUCGUCACGGAUGGCUCAGGUACCACCAGUACACUUACUCAAACAGGUACAGAUGGAGUAACAACCAUUGAUACUUUCGACGGUAACAUUGGAUUGGAUGGUCUUCUAUCCGAAGAAGAACUUAGAAAAUUGGGAAUCAAUAUACCAUUUUCGCAAGGCCCCGUCGGAGACAUGAUGAAGGACAAAAACAAUUAGAAACUUGAUUCUGAUCAUCGUCGUCAAGAAAAUAACUCUACGUUGGUUUCUAUGGCGAUGAACAUUCGAAAUUAAAAUAAAUACAGAGAACUUCAGAAAAAUAUCGUAGAUUGUCAAGAACUUUGUCUGAUUGUCAUCAAUGUUUUUUUGAAUAUUUAGAUAUUGAGUAUUUUUUUUAGUGAAUCCCUCCCUGCCUCAGAUACUAAAAUUAUAUAUAUAAUAUUUUUUCCAUAGUCUUUCGCUAUAUUUUCCUCUCAAUCUAAUAUCGAAAUUUUCAGAUUUUUAUGCGUCGAAAUAGCCAGUCAACAAAAAAACUAAUACUAUUUCCUAGUCCAAGAAUUAGAACAUAUUAUUGGCAUGCCAUUAUCCUUGAUAGUACUUGGAACUGCCUUCAGUACCUCGCCAUUGCCUCGUCACCAUCUUAGAAAUUAGACAAAUACUAAUUGAAAAUCACCAUAUAAGUAUUAGAAUUGAAAUAGCAUUGAUGAACAAACAAUAGAUAUAAUUGAGAGAUACUUAUUUCUGAGUUAACACAUUUUAUUCGUCUACAUUUGUGUAUAAUAUAUGCCUACAAUAUACUAAUAAAACAACUCUGACAAUG